UCUGAAUCAGAGAAAAAGGAGAAAGAAAUCAGGGUCUGAAGAAGAAGAAGGGUCUGAUUCCAAAUCAGAGAAAAAAGAGAAAAAAAAGAAGUUAAAAGAAAAGUCGCAAUCCGAAGAAAAAGAAGACUCACAGGAAAGGUCCGAUUCAGAAUCAGAGAAGAAGGAGAAGAAGAAAAAGUCGAAAGAAAAGUCAGAUUCUGAGGAAAAGAAAGAGUCGGAGGCAGGGUCCGAUCGUGAGAAAAAGGAGAAAAAGAAAGAAAAGAAAAGCAAGUCGAAAGACAAGCAGAAGUCAGAAUCGAAAUCAGACUCCGAGUCAGACGACCAAGAAAAGCAGAAAUCCACAGAGAAGUUCCAGUCCAGGUGACGGAGGGGACAGGAGCGACACCAGCCUCAAGGGCCGGCGACAAUGGCGCUCCCCUCAACCUCACGGAGGAGGAGACUGAAACUUUUCAGGCCUUGUUCGACAUGUAUGCCGAAGAAGACCAGAAGAUCAGCAGGAAAGGCAUCAAGCUCUUUUCCGAUACAUGGGCGAGUGCGUGACGACGAGGACGUCUGUCGAUGGCUGCAAGAAGUGGACAAGGAUCACGAUGGCAGGUUUGACUUCAGUGAGUUCUGUCGCCUGUACAGCACCAAGCGGGAACCAGAAGACAAGCGGCGGGAGGAGCUGUUGCUGUGCGUCAACACAGUCUUCCCCUCCAACGGCAGUAACGACAUGCUGGACCUUCGUAAAGUGAAGGCCACCAUGAAGCGAGUAACCAUGGGCCUGCAGAGAGAGAACACCCUCAACCUGUCCAGCCAGGAAAUCGAUGAUGUUCUCGAGCGUUUUGAUAAACACAAAGGCAACCAGAUUUCUCGACGUGAAUUUGUUGACUUUCUGAUCAACACAAGCAAUGGAGAGUGAAAUGAUUUGUGUAUAACCAUCAUGCACUAAACCAAGGUGGUCCUCACAACAGCAUCCAUAUCACGUGUUCUCAUUUACACUUCCACAUAAACAGAUGGGAAAAUGUCAUAACAAAUUCUUGGUAGCAAAACAGUGAUGUUCUGCAGACAAUAUUUGAAUAAGGCUGGAAUCAGGGAAAAGUUGCUUGUCUGCUCUCAUUAUUGUUGUUUACUUUCAGUGGUGUGUGAUAAAGCAAUUUAUAGUAAUUUCUUUUUGCUUAGGAAGAUGGAGGUUACGUAGUAUUUUGUACAGCAAAUAUUCUCAGAAAAUUUUACCUCAAAAUUUGAAAAUAUUGCGAUUUUUUUGGCGAUAUAUUUAGCCAAAAGCUGACUACUGAGUCACAAUAUGCAUGUCUGUGUGCAUGAACAUGAGCCAGGCUUUGAUAUACUUCCACAUCAGUCUAAGCAAAUGCUUGUUAUGUGCGGCAAACUCUGCAUUAGUUGUUCUACCAUUACAUAUUUAAGAAGACAAGAGUGAGGCCUUUCAUUUAUAAAGUGCCAUAAUGAUUUCAUCAACUUUACAGACAAUCUCAAUGUACAGUAAUAUUUUCAUUACUUCCUUUUAACUCCUUAAAAUUGUUAACAACAUAGAAUAUUGUUGGCACCUGGCCAAGUUAUUUUAAAAGUUUGUAAAACUGAAACCUGGAAUCAUCACUCAUGUUUGUGCCAAUGUAGUUUGUAAUGAAAUACCUGUGCUUGUAUCAAAUAGCAGUAUUGAAAGCAGAUUCUGUGAUAUUUUUACUUAAACAUUGCCAUUUGCACUCUGAGUGUCUUAGAUUAUAUAAAUGCUGCUUUGUGUUAAUUUAUAUGUACACAGGUAUGCUUUUAAAACAGCAGACAUCACAGUUGAGUGGUGUGCUUUCAUUGCAUUAACCAUACAAUUUAUAAAAAAAUGUAAAUGUAUACUGAGAGAAAAUAUUUUGUAAAUACAUAAAAUUUCUUGAAAUAAAAAAAAUUCUGCAAAUA